GGCAUGGGUCUCAAUGCCCACUGCGAUUGGUUGAUAAAAAAGUGACGUCACUUGAGUGCAUGUUUCGAGUUGAGAAAGAAGGGAACAGCAAGUGGUCGCCUAAAAACGUCUGACAGCUAGUUAUUAGCUUAGUUCUUGGAGAGUUGGUCGCAUGUAAGAGUGAACUGAGCUGAGAACAACAAUUUGGCACGCUAUCUUUGUAGUAUAGGCACACACAGCACAAGUAAUCACCAAAUUACGAACCAUUGCACCGAAGAGAAAAUCACAUUUUCACAGCGGAAUUGGCCGGAACUCCAUACGAAUUUAAACAUAGUAGCCAAAAUUUGUGACAAUUUGCCACAAUGACAACGAUUCAAGUCUCCGGAGGAUUGGACACGCAGGCUGCAAUGAGCCUAAGCACAAGCAUGGAUUCUGUAAAUACUGUUCCCGAUGAAGAGGUGCGAACUCUAUUUGUGAGUGGGCUCCCCAUGGAUGCCAAACCUAGAGAAUUAUAUCUACUGUUUAGGGGUUAUAAGGGUUAUGAAAAUUCCCUGUUAAAAAUAAUGGGGAAACUCGUAAAGACCACGGGAGGAUACGAAGGCUCACUAUUAAAAGUCACCAAUAAGAAUGGCAAAAAUACUUCACCUGUUGGUUUCGUGACAUUCAGCUCAAGAGUUUCAGCAGAGACAGCAAAGCAAGAUUUACAGGGAGUGAGAUUCGACCCUGACCUUCCCCAGACCCUUAGGUUAGAGUUUGCAAAGAGUAACACUAAAGUGACAAAGCCCAAACAACAAAGCCCCCAGCCUGCUGCAACCCACCCCACACUAGUCCACCCGAUUACUGGACAAGAAAUAGGUCCCGCCUUUUUCCCAGGUGCGACAGACGCAGCAGCAUGGACCCACCUCCCAACAGCAUACACAGAGAUUAACCCCCAGAUGAUGCAAGCAGCAGCAGCUGCAGGAUUACACCAUCCUGGGCUAAUGCACCCUUCCCUAGCUCAGGUACCACUUUCUGCCCAAAUGCCCUUUCCUGUCUCCGCAGCACAUCAAACAACAUUAUCUCAGACACCAAGUCCCUUGGCACUGGCAGCAGUUGCGCAGCACCACCCUGCUGCCCUAGCACAACUUCCAAACCCGCACCUCGCUGCCAGCCCAGUGUUAACGAGCCCCGUUAACACGACUGGCAGUGCUACUCAAACAGCCGUUAGUCAACUUGCACAUAGCGCGCCUUGUUCCACACUUUUUGUAGCAAACUUAGGCCAAUUUAGUUCAGAACAAGAGCUGAAAGAUAUCUUCUCUAGUUUCCCUGGUUUUAGUCGACUCAAGAUGCACAAUAAAGGUGGCUCCCCAGUAGCAUUUGUUGAAUAUCAGGAUCUUCGGUUUGCUAAUGAAGCUAUGCAGCGUCUGCAAGGGUUUGUCCUACUAUCGUCUGAAAGAGGUGGGGGACUCAGGAUAGAGUUUGCCAAGAACAAAAUGGGCGAGAAAGGAAGGGAAGAUCAAUUGUUUUUACCUGGACAAUCCCUACAAUCGCCCACCCUGGCAAACCAAAGCACGCUUCUUUACCAGUAACCAUAGCAACUGUAUCCAUGACAAUGAUGAGCAAUAAGCAAACAUAAUCUAAACAAGCAAACAAAUAAACAAUCAAUCAACAAUCAAUCAUGCUACGAGGAGUCACCAGAAACUAAAUUAUUCAUGUAUAUAUGGAACUAAUCAGGAUUGAAGAUGUAGACUAAUUAUGAUUGGUCGAUCAUGAAACUAUGUAUAUAUUUGCAGAUUUUAUGAUGUUGUGAAAACAUAUCCAUAUAGAGCUAGUGUAGAAUAUAGCAUAUCCUUGUAUAUACCCCCUUAGCUAUAGAACCAGACUGCAUUGUCCUGAUACUCAUCUUGAGGUUUUCAUAGCUAACCCCCACGGCUAGAAUCCCUUGACAUGCUAUCGGGUCAAGUUAUUAUAUUGGAAAAUAUGAGAUUUUCCAUCCGUCCAUUUGCAAAGGAAACAUAUCGUUGAUAUUAGAGAUAAUUGCGAAGAAGUCAAGUUUACGGCUCCUUCAACAGUACAGCAGCAGUGAAUAUUAUCAUCAUUGA